CGCUCUGAUUCCUUACCCCCACCCCACCCCCCAUCUCCUUCUCUGCACAAUCUCACUGUUUCUUUCUUUGAACUUUAUACCCUCUCCUCCUCCAAGGCGAAUAUAUUCUUCGCUUUCCUAUUCAGCGGCUGCCAUUCGUUUCUUAUUCUUUAUUCUCCCUCUCCCUCAAAAGCUUAUACCCGUAAACCAAAGUCUUCCCUAAUUUGAUUUAAAAUUCUCUUUUUUUUUUGUCAAAGGGAUGGUAAUAUUUAAGACCCAGAGUGAUCAAGACAGUGUUCUUUAUUCUUCUUAGCCUUUUAUCCCUUCCCUUUUGUUGUUCCUUGCUUGCUUAGCUCGUCGUUUGAAAUUAAGGGGAAGGAAGUCCGAGCCCUGAGUAUGGACGGUGGGGUUCUUGAUUCUGUGAUCAACAGGCUACUUGAAGUCAGAGGGAGACCAGGGAAGCUGGUGAAUCUCGCCGAAACAGAAAUCAGGCAGCUCUGUUUUGUUUCCAGAGACAUCUUCUUGAGGCAGCCUAAUCUGUUGGAACUUGAAGCUCCAAUUAAGAUCUGUGAUAGUGUUUUCAGUUACGUAAGUACAGAGCGGAUACCUUGUAUCAUUUCACUGUUAUUAUCAGGAGACAUUCAUGGUCAAUAUCCUGACCUUCUGAGACUCCUAGAGUACGGUGGAUUACCUCCUCGGUCCAAUUACUUGUUCUUAGGGGAUUACGUGGAUCGUGGGAAACAAAGUCUGGAGACAAUUUGUCUUCUUCUUGCCUAUAAAAUAAAGUAUCCUGCUAACUUUUUCCUGCUGAGGGGCAAUCAUGAAUGUGCUUCUAUCAACAGAAUCUAUGGAUUCUAUGAUGAAUGUAAGUGCAGAUACAAUGUGAGGCUUUGGAAGAUAUUCACAGAUUGUUUCAACUGCUUGCCGGCGGCAGCUCUUAUAGAUGACAAAAUAUUAUGCAUGCAUGGUGGACUCUCCCCUGAGUUGUACAACUUAAAGCAGAUCAGGACUCUACCUCGUCCUUGUGAAGUGCCUGAAAGUGGUCUGCUGUGUGAUCUCCUUUGGUCUGAUCCUUGUAAAGAUAUUUAUGGCUGGGGAGCAAAUGACCGCGGUGUUUCGUAUACUUUUGGUGCUGAUAGGGUCGCAGAAUUUCUGAGAAAGAAUGAUCUGGACUUAAUCUGUAGAGCCCACCAGGUCGUGGAAGAUGGAUAUGAAUUCUUUGCUAAUAGGCAGCUUGUAACUGUGUUCUCAGCACCAAAUUACUGUGGAGAGUUUGACAAUGCUGGUGCGAUGAUGACUGUGGAUGCGACGCUUAGGUGCUCCUUUCAAAUAUUAAAGCCUAUGGAGAAAAAACCUAAGUUCGGCUUCGGAAGAACAAACGCAGUCAGGCGCCGAUCACUCCAACUAACUUGAAUAUAGAACUUUAAUUAAUGUAUUGUUUGAAAUGUGGGAGGCCAACUUGUUAAAGUGGUACUAUUCAUAAGUCAUUUAACUUAUUAUAAAUUUAUUACGUACUUGUUAAAUUGAUGCUGUACUGAUCAAUUUGACCAAAGCGGGAUUUGGUUUGAAGUUGGAAUUGUGGAGAAUAGAAAUGCUGAUAACCUUGAGCAAACAUGCAUAGAACAGAAUGAAGCAAAAUUCUGAAGUUCAGACAAGAAAUAACCGAUAAGAUUAGUGAGGGUGAAUAAUGUUUGUCAACAUUGGAAUGGAGUAGUAACAAGCAAGGCUUGAAUAUAUACUAUUGCAGGCAUUUGUGGCUGCUAAAAUAUGAAGUAAUGGAGGUGUGUUGGAUCAGUAAUAAAAGGAACCUGAGACAGGCAGUUCAUGUUGGCUGCCUUGUGAAGGAACAACGUGAAUAGCAACAUGAAAGAUUCAGAGAAUCGUGGGAUCACUCACGAAUGCCUCUUCCCGCCACGGUUCUUGAUAGGAAGAUUCAGGUUUCUUUUUCUUUUUUUUGCCCCCAGCCUCUUUGGUACUGUUAGAGGCUGUUAUCUUAUUUUUCGUCUUAAAAUUCUCGCUUUGUAUUAUGAUGGCAGAUAUGCGGAGAUGCCUUUGUAUUAUAUAAUAAUUAUAAUAAGUUGAAAUUGAUAUUUGCA